AUGAGAUUAAAUCCACUUGUCCUGUCUUCGGCUGCGGCGAUUGCAAUAACUUGUGCUGUGUCCGCGGCUGCUUAUUUUUACAAAAGUCGCACCACGGAGAUCAACGAAGUAAUGGUAUUUUGUAAAUUACAGUACAACGCCUACAAUUAUUUUGACAAACUCAUAAGUUUUAUUGAUGCCGCUAAGAAAAGUGUUAAUGUAUGCAUGCCUGGCAUUCAUAAUCCAGCGAUUCAAGGCCGCUUGGUGCAACUGAUAAAGAAGAAAAAUAUCAAAGCACGGAUAAUUAUUGACCGAUCAGGAUACAAUGAGUCUACUGAAUUUUUUAUAAAGGAACUUAUUGAAGCUGGAGCGGAAGUCAAAUACAAAAUAAAUGAACCCAUGUUCACUAUGCAACACAAGUUUUGUUUAGUUGAUGACAGGAUUCUCAUGACAGGCACACUGAAUUGGGGCAAUGACCGUUCAUGCGACCAUUGGAACUAUGUGUACAUCACUAGCAAGCUUCAACUAGUUGAACCAGUGAAGAAAGAGUUUUAUCAAAUGUGGGAUGAGUACAGUAGCAAUAUCUACUGUGCUCAUAGCGAACGACCUAAAGUAAAUGACAGUGACACUGAAACUGUUGAAAUUAAAAACCCAGAAGAAAACACAGAUGAAAGUGUAGAAUACGAAACAGUUGUGGAAACUCAGACCCAUAUUGGUACAGAGCUGACACCUGUUGAACACACAAUAUAA